GUUCGCCUUGCUGUCCCCCACCGACGCGAAAGUGGACCUCAAGGACGUCGCCGUCAAGGAGCUGCUGAAGUCGCCGACCACCGAGGUGCUUACGAACUUCCAGAAGCAGUACGACUUCUACAAGGCUGAGUUCGAUGCGUCCGGCAAAGAG